AUGCCCGCCGGUCGAGGCGGCACUGAGGCGCUGACGCUCUUUGGCGCUGCACCUCGCCUAGACGACGGCAACAAGCACGGCCGCCCGCUCCAGGCGACGACCAACCUCUUCCAAGCCCAUUUCGAGGGCAGGGCGCUGGAGAACAUCCAGCAGCUCUACGUCACGAUCGAGCCGAUCGAUAUACCAUUUGCAUUCAAGUCACCGAGCGCGGUCUCGACUCGCUCGCCAGCCCAAAUCCGCCCGGCUACGCUCGCCAUUCAUGCACUCCGCCCUCGCCCUAGUCUUCAAGUCAACCGCGACGACGUCCGCCUCCGUUCCUCUGGCGAACUUCGACUUUCUCAUCAACGCUCAAUGUCUUCUUUGCCGUUCCGCAUGCCGUCAACCCCUGCCUCACGAUCGAAUGCGCGCACCACCACCAUCGCCCCGGCUCUGCUGUAUGCGUUUGUCCCCUUCUUCUUCUUGUCCUCGGUAGACAAGUAA